CGUUUCCUCCCACAGUCCUUUGCGGUGUCCUCUGCUGUCAUGGCGUCCCAGGGAGUCUCUUUGCAGAACAAAGUGGCCAAACUGCUUAGCAGGCGGAAUGGGAAGCCGGUUUUAAAACCUACCCGGGCCUUAGCGCUGGCGGACACGGUUGCCAACCGGAGGCCGGGCUUGGGAGAGGCAACAUGUAUAACAGAAAUGUCUGUAAUGAUGGCUUGCUGGAAGCAGAACACGUUCAGCGAUGCCCCUUGUUCCAAAGAGAUUGAGACCUUCUUCGAAUGUGUGAAAAAAGCAGAGGCAACCAGAAAGUCUGGACUCCACAGAGAAGUGCAAGCAGGAAGACUACCACCAAAACAGCUAAACCAAUUGCUGAAGCGAUUCCCAAAUAUCAACCAUGAAAUCUAGAUACUCCACUUGAAUUUUCAAUUGACUGUCCCUCCCAUAUCAGAACGGAUUCUGGAAGGGGUUAUGCUGCUGCUGUUGGCACCGCAGAGUAACUGUGUGAGCACCGCGCAUCACACAGGGCUGUGAGUGACUGCAACUAUUUCUGCAAGGAAGAGACUGCUCUGUUUUCUAUGGGAAAAAAAUAAGUAACAGGAGACCAGAAAUGUGUACAGAGCGAGACUUUUCUGUGGCUUACGUUCAUUAAACAAUCAUAACGCUUCUAUCUCUCUCUCACUCCCUCCAUACAACCUUCUUCUUGGUUGAACACUGGGUAAUUUAUAUGUGAAAAGUAUGUAUAAACCUUUUCUGGUUGAAUAAACAGAGUACUCAUGCUUCACAAAUAA